CGGGGGUUUGCCAGGCGCGCGAGCCAGGCCGGCAGAGCCUCAGCAAGACCGAGCGACUUCCCCAGCCCCCGCCCGGGUCAGCCAAGCUGGGGAGCCUCAGUCUCCUCCCCCACAAUGCACCGCGACAGGCAGCCUUUGAAAAAGCGGCGCGGCUCCUUCAAGAUGGCGGAGUUGGAUCAGCUGCCUGACGAGAGUUCAUCAGCAAAAGCCUUGGUGAGCUUGAAAGGAAGCUUAUCCAAUACUUGGAAUGAAAAAUUCAGUUCUUUACAGAGGAAAGGCAAGAAUUCAGGAGCUGCUGUAGAAAUGCCCUUCAGAAGUUCAAAACGAAGUCGUUCCUUUUGCGAAGAAGAAGAUAGACAAAUAAAUACAAGAUCACCCAAAAGAAAUCAGAGGGUUGCAAUGGUCCCACAGAAAUUUACUGCAACAAUGCCAACACCAGACAAAAAAGCAUCACAAAAGAUUGGUUUGCGUCUACGUAAUUUGCUCAAACUUCCUAAAGCUCACAAAUGGUGUAUAUAUGAGUGGUUCUAUUCAAAUAUAGAUAAGCCAUUGUUUGAAGGUGAUAAUGAUUUCUGUGUGUGCCUGAAAGAAUCUUUUCCCAAUCUGAAAACCAGAAAAUUAACAAGAGUGGAAUGGGGAAAAAUCAGACGAUUGAUGGGGAAACCAAGAAGGUGUUCUUCUGCAUUCUUUGAAGAGGAAAGGUCUGCAUUGAAACAGAAACGGCAAAAAAUUAGACUUCUGCAACAGCGAAAGGUGACAGAUAUAUCCCAGUUUAAAGAUCUUCCAGAAGAAAUCCCGCUGCCUCUAGUUAUAGGAACAAAAGUUACAGCAAGGUUACGUGGUGCCCAUGAUGGACUCUUCACUGGACAAAUAGAUGCUGUUGACACUCUUAAUGCUACUUACAGAGUAACCUUUGAGAGGACAGGGCUUGGAACGCAUACAAUCCCAGAUUAUGAAGUCCUGAGUAAUGAACCUCAUGAAACGAUGCCCAUUGCUGCCUUUGGACAAAAACAGCGGCCUUCUCGAUUCUUUAUGACUCCUCCUCGGUUACAUUAUGCACCUUCCCUCCAGUCACCAAUUACAGACAAUGAUCCUUUAUUAGGACAGUCAUCCUGGAAAAACAAAAUUUCAGGCUCAGAUAGCGAGACAUUAGGUGGUUUUCCAGUAGAAUUCCUUAUCCAAGUGACCAGAUUAUCAAAAAUUCUUAUGAUCAAGAAAGAGCACAUCAAGCAGUUAAGGGAAAUGAACACAGAAGCAGAAAAACUGAAAUCAUAUUCUAUGCCCAUCAGCAUUGAAUUUCAGAGAAGAUAUGCAACUAUUGUUUUAGAUCUUGAGCAGCUGAACAAGGAUCUGAACAAAGUUUUACAUAAAGUACAGCAGUAUUGUUACGAGCUUGCCCCAGAUCAAGGCCUGCAGCCUGCAGAUCAUCCAACAGAUUUAAGACGCAGAUGUGAAGAAGAAGCUCAGGAAAUUGUUAGACAGUCAAAUACAUCGACAACAGGUCAGCCUUGUGUUGAAAAUGAAAACCUGACUGAUCUUAUUGCUAGACUCACGGCAAUAUUACUGCAAAUUAAGUGUCUAGCAGAAGGAGGUGAUCUAAAUUCCUUUGAGUUUAAGUCACUAACAGAUUCACUAAAUGACAUCAAGAAUUCCAUAGAUUCCUCCAAUAUCAGUUGUUUUCAGAAUAAUGUUGAGAUCCAUGUUGCACAUAUCCAAAGUGGCCUCAGCCAAAUGGGAAAUUUACAUGCCUUUGCUGCAAACAACACCAACAGAGACUGAGAAAGAAGGUGGUUUAUUUUAGUCAAGUGUACAGAAUGUAGUUGUGGAAAAGCCUCCUUUAUAUGAGCUUCACCAAAUAUCCUCUGCCAGAAGGGAACAGAAAAGAGAAGGAUAUUUUGCGAUCUGUUGAACUGCUUCUGAAGAAACCAGCAUAGAAAUACCAGCAUUGCUAUAACUUCAUCACUUGCUAUGCAUCUUGUUUAAAAGCUAACCUUUUGUUAUCAAAGUACUAUGUUGUUUCAAAUGGGGAGUUAUACAAACAUGUUUUCAUAUAACUAUAACGUCAAGUAAGAAUAUUUUCUUUUCUAUUUUAGUUGCAACAAAUUGUCAACUAUUAAGUGAUAUAUUGAAAACAGUAACAAAGAAAUGACACAGAUGAGGGGCUAUACGCCAAUUUCUUAUUCUUGAAAGCUACAGCCCCCUAGUACUAGUGUGCUGUUGUUGCUUUGACUUUAGUCUCUAAACAGUGUGGUGAGUGAUAAAGCAGCAUGUGGAUUCCUGUUCUUGGAAGUAGCAACAGAAUUGAAUGUGCAAAAGAAUGACUGAUCGUAGGUAGGUAGCUAUUGUACACUUGUGGAUACUGGGAAUCCCUGUAAAUCAGUUAAUAUCUUUGGAAUGUUUAAUUUAUCGUAACUUAUAAAAGUAAUCUAAUGAAGGAGUAGAAAAGAACAGCUGAAUUCCCAGAUAUGAUAUGACUUUUCCGCCUCCAUCAGGGGCAAAAGCGUUCUCUAGCUAGGAUAUUUCACACAAAUAACUGGUAAUGUUUUUCAAUUGAUUUGUUUGCACAACCUUAAACUAGAUAACUGGUUAUCAAGCAACUAACAGUUUUACAAUGCAGUUGGAUAGCCAGUCCUAUGAACUGCCUAAAAAAAAAAAAAAGCAAAGGCCUGAGGAAUAGAAGAAUUCUCAAUCUUGUAAAAAGUGUGUAUUGAAUUGUUUAUUUAGUAUAGUCCUGUAAAGCUUGUGUAAUAAAUUGUUUCCAGAUUUGAAUUUUCAGAUAGCUGUAGCAGUGUUCUGAUUCUUGGCCUCAUAAAAUGAGGUAUUUUGUAUGUAUGUUAAUGUAUAAAGAAAAUGUAAACAAUUAUUUUCAAUUUAAAAUUUUGUAUAGUUUUAAAAAUGCUUCUGUAUUCUGUGUCUGUAUUCAUGCUGCUUCAAAACUUAACUGCAGAGUCUAUAUUUAGCAAAGCUUGUUCCUUUAAGAAAUGCAUAAAUCUUUUAUUCUCAUUAA